AAGAGCGCGGCGAAGAGUGAAUGAGAGGUUGGAGUUUGACGGUGUUUGGCAGUUUGAGAGUAAAAAAUGGCGAAAAUGGUGCUAAAAACGAAAUAUAUUAACGAAGAAGCUGCAGACCUGUGCACUCGGCGUGCAAGUGAUGACUCAGGGGCAGAGGUAUCAGAGGAAGACAGUGAAAUCUCCUCUGAUGACUCUGUUGCAGAGGCAAUGUUUCUCGGGGGAGAAGACAUUACUCUUGACCAGCAAUCAUCUGAAGAAGACUCAGAUGUGGAAUGGGAGCCAGAUAGUUCUCCUGCAGGCAAGCGGCCUAGAGAGGAGCAGGACAGUAGUUCCUCAGGAGAGGAGCAACCUACCCCAACUUCAAAGAGAGGUUCUACCACUCCCAGCAGAAGAUCAGGAGGCAGAGGACCAGGGAGAGGAAGGCGGAGGCUGAGAGUCGUUGCAGCAGGAGCCAGGACCAGUCAGACAGGUUUGUCAACCAGCCCUGAAGAGAGAUGGAAUGAUGUUGACGAGCCAGAUAUCACACCACCACAGCCCACCUUCAGACCCAUCCGUUCACCUGGACCCCAGCUCAUACGUACAGCCACUUACACAGCCCUGCAGCUUUUCCAGCUUUUUUUCACAAACAAUAUUAUAAAGACAAUUACCCAAAACACGAAUGACUAUGGUUCCACUCACCAUUCAACACCCUCCAACCCGUGGAUUGAUAUAACGGUGAAGGACAUGUUGGCCUUCAUGUCUUUGAUCAUCUACAUGGGUAUAGUAAAAUGCACUGCAUUUACCGAUUACUGGCGAGGGGGUAAAUUGUACAGCCUCCCAUUCCCAAAACAAAUAAUGACUGGAAAGAAGUUCCUCAGGAUCUGUCAGUCCCUUCACCUCAGCAGCUUGGUGGAUGAUGCUGCUAACGAGCAGAGGAGAGGCACACCAGCCUUCGAUCGCCUUGCCAAAACAAAGCCACUCUACUUGGAGAUGAGGGACGCCUGCAGGAGCAACUAUCAUCCUAGCCAGGAAAUAUCUAUCGAUGAGCGAAUGGUUGCCUCCAAAGCCCGCAUUGGGCUAAAACAAUAUAUGAAACGUAAGCCUGUUCGCUGGGGAUACAAACUCUUCGUUCUGGCGGACUCCAGGAACGGUUACACGUGGGACUUUUUUGUCUAUGAGGGAAAGUACCAUGGAAACAGUGGGAAGGGACUCAGUUAUGACUCAGUGAUGGAGCUUAUUGACAUAAAGUUGCUGGGCACCGGCUAUAAGCUCUUUGUUGAUGUUUUUUAUACAAGUCCAACCCUUUUCCGUGACCUCCUUCAAAUAAAGGUCUGGGCGUGUGGGACCAUCCGCACAAACAGAAUUGGCUUCCCAAAGACCAAAAACAACAGUCUGGUCUCAAAAUCUCCCCGCGGCAGCAUACGCUGGAUUAGGAAGGACUCCCUCCUCUUUGUCCAGUGGCGAGACACGAGGGACGUCUUCAUGUGUUCAACACUCCACACAGCCCAUUCCGAUGACACAGUACAAAGGAGGGUCAAAGGUGCAGAUGGGCAAUGGCAGAUGAAGGGUGUCUCAAUUCCACCAGCGGUGAAGGAGUACAACCGGUGUAUGGGUGGAGUGGACCUGUCUGACGCUCUGAUUGGGUACUACAAAGUCCUCCACAAGACCCAGAAGUGGUACAAGACCUUCUUCUACCAUUUCAUGGACAUUGCGAUUGUGAACGCCUUCCUCCUCCACAAAGAAAUGGCGAAAAAUAAAGGAAGGACACCUCUGCACCAGAAGGCGUUCAGAGAGACCCUAGCCAAGGAGCUGGGAGAGGCUUCCUCCCCAGCCAGACCCGUACCAUCUACUGCUCCACGCGGAGCACAUCACAAACCAGUGCAUAUCGCUGCGCACAGCACCAGUGGUCGGCUGAAGUGCAGGCACUGCCAUGCAAAGACACCAGUGAAAUGCUCCUCCUGUGAUGUGCCUUUGUGCUUUGUCCCACGUCGUGACUGCUAUAAUGACUGUAAUUCAAGCGACACAGCAGCAGUAGAGCUGGUUAAGCUUGGGCAAAUUCAGGAAGAAGCCAAAGCUAAAUCAGACAGACUGAGUGUUACAGCAAACAGUUCUCUGGUUAUAAAGAAGGUCACAGAUGAAGAUGUUGAACGUUAUGACUGUCGGCAGUAUGAAUCAAGUCACAAGUUUCAGACUCUGAUGUUCAUCUUGACUGAACGUCAGGACACUGAUGAGGUGACAUUAACCUGCUCUGUGAGGACAGAUGAACGAUGUCCACACACAGUGAAGUGGCUGUUUCAGGGUCAAGAUGUGGAUAAAGACAACAAGGACAUAAAGACAUCACAGUCUCUCUGCUCUGCCUCUGUGACCUUUCUGACUUCUCUCUACAUUUACACAUCAAGAUAUAAGUUAUUUACAUGUGCAGUGACUGAUGGUGACAGAGUGCAGGUGUUUCCCUUCAGAUCUCAAUCCUCAGGUGAGGACACAACAACGGCAACAACAGAAUCAACAACAGUUGCGACCGCGACAGCUUCUGCAACCAAUGAUGCUUCAACUAAAGGUUGGUGGUUGAGGUUCUUCAUUGUGUCUGUGGGUUUAUCAGUGCUCAUAAUAAGUGUUGUGGCAGUCAACAUGUGGACAAGAACUAAAGAGAAGAAAACACAGAUGGAUGAAAUCACUGUGCGUUAUGAUGAAGAUGAUGGUACAGUGAACUAUGAAAACAUCAGACCUUCUGAUGGAGUUUGACCAACACUUCUGCCUCCAUCAGGCUCCACUGAUCAACUCAUCACAUUUCACAUGACCAGUUAAAGACUGUAAAUAACAAAAAAAAAGAGAGACUUAUUAUUUUAUUUUAGUCUGAUGUCUUUUCCUCCAUCAGCUGUAAAAACUUUUCUUGUCUGCAGUCAGGUCAGAACGCAGCAGCUGGAUUUUAACAUCAUUUAACAGCAAAGAGCGUUUAACUCUUGUUCACUUCCUUAAAUUGUCUUCCAGCUGAAGAUUUCAGAGCUGAUUUUAGGAUUUACUGCCUGUUAUUGAAGCUCCAGCAGCUUGAGCACACUUUCAUGUCUCUGUGUGCAGAAGAACUCAUUUUAAUCCACUUUCAUUUAGCAUUGCUGUGAACAUAUUUGUUG